AGAACUGAAGCCGAGCGUGCGCGUGCUCCGCAGGGGGGCGAGGCGACGGCUGUGGCUGCUGGCGCCGUGGCGGUGGGCGCCGCCGCGGCGGUGGCUGCGGCCACGGACCACGAGACCGCUCGCGCCAAGGAGGAGGAGGACGCGCUGGCGUCGGCCGCCACCACCAUCCAGGCGGGCUUCCGCGGCUACAAGACGCGCAAGGGGCUGCAGGGCGCCGGCGCCGGCGAGGGGGAGGGGCAGGCGGAGGCCGAGGCGGACGGAGACGAGCUGCCGCCGCCGCCCACGCCCGAGGAGGUGCACGCGGCCAGCGAGGAGCCCGCGCUGCCGCCGUCGGCGCCCAAGGACGAGGACAAGUCGGAGAGCGCGGAGGACGUGAGCGACGAACUGCCGCCUCCGCCGCCCGAGCUGCAGCAGGCGGACGACGCGCUCAACGCCGCCGCCACCACCAUCCAGGCCAACUACAGGGGCUUCCGCGCGCGCCAGGAGCUCAAGCAGGUGAUCGAGGAGCCCGCGGCGGAGGCCGCCGAGGCCGCCGAAGCCGCCGCCGCGGAGGCCGCCAAGGCCGCCGAAGCCGCCGCUGAAGCCGCCGCCGAAGCCGUCGAGGACCUCCCUCCCCCGCCGCCGGAAAUCGCCGCCUCCGAGCCGACGCUCAACGCGGCGGCAACCACUAUCCAGGCCAACUUCCGCGGCUUCAAGACGCGACAGGAACUUAAGAAGACAGAACCCGAAGAAGCGGCCGCCCCACAGGAGGCUGCUCAAGAAGUCGCCCCCGCGGAAGACAGCUCGCUCAACGCGGCCGCCACUACCAUCCAGGCCAACUUCCGCGGUUUCAAGACGCGACAGGAACUUAAGAAGACAGAACCCGAAGAAGCGGCCGCUCCACAGGAGACUGCUCAAGACGCCGUCCCCGCAGAAGACAGCUCGCUCAACGCGGCGGCAACCACCAUCCAAGCCAACUUCCGCGGCUUCAAGACGCGACAGGACUUGAAGAAAACGGAGCCAGAGGAAGCGGCCGCCCCACAGGAACCCGUUCAAGAAGCCGCCCCCGCGGAAGACAGCUCGCUCAACGCGGCCGCCACCACCAUCCAGGCCAACUUCCGCGGCUUCAAGACGCGACAGGAACUUAAGAAGACAGACCCCGGAGAAGAGGCCGCUCCACAGGAGCCUGCUCAAGACGCCGCCCCCGCGGAAGACAGCUCGCUCAACGCGGCGGCAACCACCAUCCAAGCCAACUUCCGCGGCUUCAAGACGCGACAAGAGCUCAAGAAGAUAGAGCCCGAUGAAGCGGCGAGCCCGCAGGAGCCCGCUCAAGAAGCAGCUCCAGCGGAAGACAGCUCACUCAACGCGGCGGCGACCACAAUCCAGGCCGGAUUCAGGGGCCACCAAUCGCGACAAGCCCUCAAGAAGGAAAAGGGAGAGAUGCAGGAAGAGGAGCAAGCAGCAGGAGAAGAAGAGCAAGCACCGGCAGGAGAAGAGGCAGCGAAACCUCAAGAGACCGAUGAAGAAGCAUUAAGUGUCGCAGCCACAGCUAUCCAAGCUGGUUACCGUGGAUACCAAACUAGGAAAGCGCUCAAGGAUGGAAAUGCUGAAGGCGAUCAAACCCCGGAAGCUGAGGCACCCGCAGAAGCGCCAGCUCUAGUCGAGAAUCCAGAAUCUGGGGAAUUGGAAGCAGCGGCCACAAAGAUUCAAGCGGGAUUCCGAGGGUACCAGACACGUAAGACCCUCAAGAACGAUGAAGCACCUCAGGGCAAGGAGCCACCUCCACCGCCACCAGCGGAAAACGAAGAGGAACGGCUGAACGCUGCAGCCACCACAAUCCAAGCCAACUUCAAGGGGUAUAAGACGCGGCAAGUGAUAGCUCAGGAGAAGAACGGCGGGCUCGUUCACGCGGUUCCGGCCAUUGCCAUCGUCGACUCGCCAGUGUCCGAGGAAGGUCAAGAAACUCCCCCGCCCCCGCCGCCUCCUCCAGCUGAAGCUGCCGAGGAGGAACUUGCGGCUGCAGCCACGAAGAUCCAAGCGGGCUUCCGCGGCUACCAGACACGGCGCGCGCUCAGGACGGGAGACGACGGCGCGGACGACAGCAUCGCAGAGACCGUCGCAGGAGAAUCCCCGGUCUCUGAAAACGUUCUCCAGGAAACAUCCGACGAGGCACUAAACAACGCCGCCACCGUCAUUCAAGCUAACUACCGAGGAUUCCAGACGCGUCAAACGCUCAAGAAGGAUGAAUCUGCACAGGAGGGUGUGGAACCAGCCCAGCCCAGCGACCAACCCACCGAAGAGGUAGCAGGUGAAACAACAGAUCUGUCCAUGGCAGCAACAAAAAUACAAGCAAAUUUCAGAGGUUAUCAAACACGAAAAACUCUCAAAGGAGACGUACUUGAGAAUGCUCCAGAAGCAGGAGCUACUCCCCAUGGGGCAGAAGAGGCAACGGGGAAACAAGAGGAAGCCAAACCAGAGCCCAGCGCUCCCCCGGCUGAAGAAGCUGCUCCGCAGGCCACGGAAGAAUUGGCGGCCGCCGCCACGACAAUUCAAGCAAACUUCCGAGGGUAUCAAACGAGAAAGGGGCUCAAAGGAGACACUACAGAAGCCACUGAGGCAGAAAAAGAAGAACCUGCGUCUUCUACCGAACACACACCGGCGCCUACCGAAGAGUUAUCCGCCGCUGCCACCACGAUACAGGCAAAUUUUAGAGGAUACCAGACUAGAAAAACCCUUAAGACAAACGAGCCGGAAGAAAGUGUGCCUAAAGAAGAGGACUCCGUUCCAGGUGAACCUGCGCCAGCUGAAGACUUGUCGGCAGCAGCCACUACGAUUCAAGCGAAUUUCAGAGGUUACAAAACCAGAAAAGCAAUGAAUGAAGGCAAAGAAGAGACUGCCCAAGUUGAAGAAACGCCGAUACCUGUUCAAGACGCUUCCGCAAGUGCGGAUCCAGACUUAUCCGCCGCUGCGACAACAAUACAAGCCAAUUUCAGAGGUUACCAAGCACGAAAAACUACGAAACAAGAAGGAGAAAGUGAAACAGGUCCGUCGGCUAAUGAAGAAGCCGCACAGAACGAAGCGCAACCCGCAAGCUCAGAAGACGAGCUUGCAGCCGCAGCCACCAAGAUUCAAGCCGGCUUCCGCGGCUACCAAACACGCAAGACGGUCAAGGGUUCACAGCAGGCAGACGAGACCGACGCCGCGCCCGCGGGCGCGGGUCAGGUCGAGAGCCGCACUAGUCGCCGCACGCACUGCUUGAAGCUCGCUCCGCUCGCGCGAGAAAUCUACCCCGCCGGCGUACGACCCUUCGGCGGUAGAUUUCUCGCGCACGGCUCCACAGACACGCACAAGACUCUAGAGGAACACGACCGCGCUCAACCGCUGGCUUCCAGCUGCAGCGGUCUCUGCUCACCUCAGGUGCUGGACGCCGGGGAGCAGCCACCCGGCGAAGGCGACGGGGUCUCCGUCACUCCUGUCGGGGAAUCCCCUGGCGACGACGCAACGUCAGGUGAGCCCGAGCCUGACGGUGCUGAUGAAGACGGCGACACCCUCAACGGUAUUGAGCCCGUUGACGAUGCCGCCAUCGUCCGUGCCAUGGACAUUCUCAGUGAGGGUGUUGCUGCCGAUUCAGCCGUCGAAGAAAUUCCGGCUGAAGGUUCUCCAGUUCAAGACGCUCCAGCUGACGAAACCCCGCCUGCAGAAAUUCCAGACGUUCCCGCAGACUUAUCUCCUGCUGACGAAACUCCCACUGACGAACCUUUGGCUGGAGAAACUAUGACUGACGAAACUCUAAUUGAUGGAGCAGCCUCUGACGAAGUGCCCCGAAGUGACGAAUCUGUGACUGUCGAAACCUCUACUGUUGAACCUACGGCUGAAGUAAUUGUUGAAGACUCUCCAGAUGCAGAAUCUCUUACAGGCGAAUUUCCUGUGGACGACCCUGAAACUGACGAAGCUCCAACAGCAGAAGGAAGUGGUGCCGCAGCUCCUGCUGACGAACCUCUCUCAGAAGAAUCUCCGGUCGAAGUAGUGCCCGCCGACGAAGCUCCCGCUGACGAAACCCUCGCCAAUGAAGCCCCUGCUGAAGAAUCGACCACAGAAGAAGCUCCAGCAUACAAAACUCGAGUUCAAGAUACCACAGAAGAUCCUCUUGCUGACACAGCGUUGGCAGACGAAGCUCCAUCGGAAGAAACUCAUACCGAGGAUGUGCCCAAUAACCAAAUUCAAUUAACAGAAUCUCUAGCUGACGAUGCUCGCGAAGAUUAUGCUCCAGCCGAUGGAUCGCAGGAAAACAACACUGAUACUGCAGAUAUUAGCACGGUCGAUACAAUAAACAUCACAGAAGGUGAAGAACAAGGGGCUGCACCCACUACGAACACCGAUGGAGACAAUUCUAUCGUUGACGAUGCACGCGAUGACUAUGCCCCUCCUGACAGCAUUCAUGCAAAUACGACAAAUGAGUCUUCGACUGCAGAAGAUCCCUCAGAUCUUCCUGUUGAAGUUGUAGCAGAUGAAGAAUCAGUUAGCGAUGCUACUCCUCAAGAAGCUUCUAAAGUGGAUGAAUCCGUUGGAGAUAAUCCCGCUGAAGACGCACCAAAUAUGGUGCCGGCUGAGGAAAAUACCGCCGAGGUGGUUCCUCUCGAACAAUCUGCACCAGACGCAGCUCCUGUUGGUGAAGAUCCACCCGCCGAAAGCGCGACAGGGGAUACACCAGCUGACGAAAGUCUUUCUGACGGACCUCCCCCUGAAGCACCCACCGACGAACCUUUAGUCGACGAGGCUCUUGCAGACAAAACUAUAGCCAACGAAACUGUCGCAGUCGAAGCUCCCGCUACCGACGCUCCGGAAGACGACAUUCCUGUUGACGACGCUCGCGCCGACGACGCUUCCCUUGACGAAGCUCCUUCCGAUGAUGUUCCAGCCAGCGAAGCACCUGCCGACGAAGCACCCGCCGAUGAAGCCCUCGCAGACGAAGAGCCCGGCGACGAAGCACCCGCUAACGAAGCACCCGCCGACGAAGCACCCGCCGACGAAAGCCCCCGCCGACGAAGCACGCCGACCACCCGCCCGACGAAAGUGCCGCAAACGCAGUACCUUGCCGAGGAAGCUCUUGCCGACGAAGGACGUUUCGACGAUACAUCUGCGAUCGAAGCUCUCGCCACUGUCGCUCCCACCGACGAAGCACCCGCUGACGAAGCACCCGCCAACGAAGCACCGGCCGAUGAAACAACCAGCGACGAACCUCCCGGUGAUGGCGUGACUAACGAAGAAUCCACCAACGAAGAGCCCACUGGUGACGCAUCCAUCGACGAAGCACCUACCAUUGAAACACCCGCCGCCGAUACACCUGCCAAAGAAGCACCGGUCGGCGAUACAGCCGUAGGGGAAUCUCCCGGCGAUGAAGCUAUAGUCGAAGAAUCUACAUCUCAAAAAGCUCCCGCCGGCGGUCCCACCGAAGAAGCUUCCGAAGAGACAGAUGAAGUGACUGUUGUAGAGGACUCGGUGAUAGACGCAUCCAGCGAAGAAACAACUCAAAAAACACCUGCUGAGAAUGAAGUGUCAGCCGAAGAGACUUCAGCCGUAGCCGUCGUAGAAGAUACACCGGUGGAAGGAGCUCCCGGUGAAGUUGCUGUCCAAGAUGGUACUAUUCAAGUAUCUCCAACCGAAGAUGCUCCCAUUGAAGGAAUGCCAGUGGAAGAAACUCUUGCUACAGAAGCUACCACCGAUCAAGCACCCGCCGGAGAAGCUCUCUUGCAAGAAACUAAUGCAGAUGUUCCCACUCCAGCAGAAGAAACUCCCGCGGAAGAAGAUCCCAUGGAAAGAAAUCCCAUGGAAGGAGUUCCCACUGAAGAAUCUCCCACGGAAGAACCUCCCACGGAUGAAGCUCCCAUAGAAAAUGCUCCUGCGAAACAUCAAGCUCCCACUGAAAAUGCUCCCACGGAAGAAGAUCCCACGGAAGAAGCUCCCACGGAAGAAGCUCCCACGGAAGAAGCUCCCACGGAAGAAGCUUCCAUUCAAGAAGCUCCCGUGGACGGAACAUUGUCAGAUGAAGCUGCUAGAGAAGUUCCCGUGGAAGAAGCAUUAUCAGAAGCUCCCACAGAAGAAGCUCCCGUGGAAGAAGCUUCCGUAGUAGAACCUCCCUUGGAAAUAGCAUCGUCAGAAGCUCCAACGGAAGAAGCUCCGGUGGAAGAAUCUCCCGUGGAAGAAGCUCUCGUGGAAGCUCCCGUGGAUGCAACGUCAUCGGAAGAAUCACCCACGGAAGAAGCUCCCGUGGAAGAAGCUCCCGUGGAAGAAGCUCCCGUGGAAGAAGCUACCGUGGAAGAAGCUACCGUGGAAGAAGCUACCGUGGAAGAUGCUCCCGUGGAAGAAGCUCCCUUGGAAGAUGCUCCCGUGGAUGAAGCUCCCGUGUAUGAAGCUCCCGUAGAAGAAACUUCAGUGUAUGAAGUUACUGCAGAAGAGUUCGUUGCAGAAGCGCCCCUUGAAGAUGCUGCAGUUGAAGAAUCCGCCAUCGAUGAAUCUCCCGCCGAUGAAGCUCCCGAGGAAGGUACUCCUGUUAUGGAUAUCCCUACUGCUGAAGAUCCUGGAGCACCUACAUCUGAUGAAACAGUUGGCUUCGUGGCAGAUACUAAAGAAAGUGAUAGUGCUUCAAACGAUGUCGUUGGAAUAGUUGCAGCAGAUGAAGACACAGUCACUAAUGAUCCCAACCAACAGGAUGGUACAAACUCUGGUCCUAACACUGUAAACGAACAGACUCCUGAUGGAGAAAACGGGUCCGCGGAGGAUGUUUCUCCUGAGGACGGACCCACAGAACACGAUCUUGCUAUGAACAGACCUGCAGAGUUGACAUCUUCUGAAGGCGAUUCCGCUCAAGACGGUUCCGUCGGGUCCGCGGAAGGAGCCGUUGGCGAAGAGGAUUCCAUGCCUCCACAAAUGGAAAACCCUACUGAGAGUCCGGGUGGCAGCGGCUCCGGCGCAGACACAUCGCUCACCUCAGUAACCGAAGAAGAGUUCUCUGAAAACGCCAGCGGGGGCGGAGCAGCCGACGAUGACGGAGGAGUAGACAUCCCCCGCAGCCCGGAAACGGGCGAGAAACUCACGGGCUCGUCGGAAGACGAGGGAGCGCGGAGCCGUCCCGAAGACAGCAGCGACCAGCCGGCGUCGUCCUCCUUCGAAUACGACGACUCCACCUAUUCCAGCGCCGCUACCAAGAUCCAGGCGGGCGUGCGCAACUACAUCGCGUGGCGCCCGGUGGCGCACCUGCGUCGCAGCAGCAGCGCGGGCUCCACCACGGCGCCGUCGCUGCCCGACAGCCAGCCGUCGCUGGCCGGCGCGGGCUCCGUCUCACUGGACGACGACGCGCGCGCCGACACGCCCGAGACGGAGGUGCAGCGGCCCGAGAACCAGUCGGUGGACGAGGACGACGCGGCGGCGGAGCGACCGCCGCUCGUGGCGGUGAGCCAGCCGUCGGGCCCGGGCCCGGCCGCCGGCGGCUCGCUGGACGCCCAGCUGGACGCAGCCGCCGCAGCCGCUUCGCCGCGCUCGGCCGUGCGCAGCGCGCUCUCCGAGCAGCUGCAGGCGACGGCGGCGGCGGAGGACGAGUUCGUGUGGCGCACGCUGCACGGGGAGCUGACGCAGGCCGCCGUCACCAUCCAGAGCAACUACCGGGGCUACCGCGCGCGCCAGCGCCUGCAGCGCGAGGACGCCGUGCGGAUGCCCACCACCAGCAGCAGCACCGUCAGUUCCAGCAGCGGGGAGCCCACGGCCGGCGCCCCGCCGCCCGUGCUGCCCGCCGAGCCCGCCCCGCCCCGCUCCGGGGAGUUCCACGACCUGGUGGUGCUACCGCCCGACACCAGCGAGGCCGCCACGCUAGAUUGCGAAGCCGAGCCCGAACCGGACCUGUAG